GUAUAUCGAUGCAAAGAAUCGCCAUCUGUAUUAAUUACGUCUUCUUCAGCGUGGAUGUAAUAAAAAACAAAAAAAAACAAAACGAAAGAAAAGAGCAAACGCUUCAUCCACGUACAUUCUCAAAUUGUUUAUAGUGAUUCUGUCGUCCAUUGAACAACAAUAACAACAUGAAUAAGAACGAGUUCACCAAAUCGAGUUGUAUUCCUUGCAUCUGUGUAUAUGCAUGCACAGAACGAAACGAACGUACGUACGUACAUUCGGACGGACGACGAUGUGAAAUGAAAGUGCCAAAAGAGGAACAAUACAUUGAAAUUUGCCACCAAUACUAGUGCAAGGCAGCAGGUUUUCGAAGACCAAACAUUCAUAUUUUGCGCACAAACGUGAAUUUCAUCGAGUGGAUGGACAGAGAGCCACACACACGUUACGGCAAAUCGAAUGAUGAGAGUGUGAGCGAGAUGGACGGCAUGCUCGUAUGUUUGGUUUAUUCAAGACGACUGCCGCUCAUUCAGUCAUUCGCUAUUAUUUUCGCUGCACAUCUAAUGUCAAGAGAGUUUCCUUUCAAUUCGCGUUUUUAAAUGUGUUUGUAGGUGAUUAGUGGGCAACUAUUCAGAAACGUGAAGAAUCACAAUUAUUGGUGAAAUUACAAUGUGAUUUAUCCCACAUUUUCGAUAGAUUCAAGUAAAUGUUGAACCACAACUCGAAAAAAUUCCACACAAUUCGAUGUAAGAUUCCGUGCAAUUCGACGCUUAUUCUUUUUCUCUAAAUUGGUGCAAGUGAUAUCACUUUGUGGACAAUUCAUUUUAUUUGUGCUGUAGCAAAAAUGUCACGUUGGGGUAAGAGUCGAACAGUACCAUCGUAUGCGUUGCCAUUAGAUGCUUUGCUGAAGGAAAAAGAAAACACAAAUCGACCAGUCGCAGCCAGAUCUGCGGGAACUGUUGGAAAAUGGGGCGUCACAAGUUUCACAUCGAUGCGAGCGCGUCCGGUUUAUGGAUUUGCGUCGUUCAGUCCAAAUCAAGAUCCAUCAUUGCAGUAUGCACAAUUUUCACCGAAAUCGUUGAUCGAUGGUGGAAUCACAAACACAGUUCAGUCACCGUCGGAAAGCAGUACGGUUCCGAAGCCAAAAAAAUUCUUCAAAAGUCGUAAUUCAGUGCCUGAUGCAAACGCAAUUGUCGCGGCAUUGUCUGAUUCUCAGAUGGCCGCCGCUGUUAUGGGCUCACCAUCAUCGUAUUUUUCCAAUCCGGUGGCAGCUUAUCAGCAGCAGCAGCAGCAAUUAUAUGUGGAAAAGCCGAAGCGAAAGAAGAAAGGAGAUUCUCCAAAGAAAUCAAAGGCAGAAAAGCCACCAAAAGCGGAGAAACCGCCAAAAGCGGAGAAACCACCAAAAGUGGAAAGACCACCCAAAGCGGAGAAACCGACAAAAGUAGAAAAAGCGGCAAAGCCGCCAAAACCAGAAAAAUUGCCAAAGGCAUCAAAGAAAAAGUCAAAACCAAGCGAAAAGAUUGUCGAAGCGCCGAAACCGACGAGGGUAUUGUCACGAACGAGGAAAGUGGUAAACUAUUCAGAGGAUCAAAGCCGAAGCCCACCACGAAAUUCAAGGGCACAAUUAUCAAACGAUGAACCAAUCGCUGAACAAUACGCUGCCGCUGUAGCCACCAAUGAUUUGAUAACAUCGCCAAUCCAUGGUGCAGAAGUUGUAAAUAAUUUGUACAAUUCAACCGAACAAAACAUACCACAACCAUAUCAGCCAUAUCACGACGAACAAAUGCUGCAACCGGGUGAUUUGCCGUCGAAACACUGCGGACCGCCAAUCGUUCUACGAAUUUCAAAAGGAACCUCUCGACUUAUCAGCACAGAUAGUGAGGGCAUUAGCGGAUCGCCUCCAUAUUUAUCACCAACUCAGCAAACCGUUAACGUAAAUUCCCAACAAUUUCAACCGAAUCCAAAUUUUUCGGCUGCUGCGUCAUUGGUAGCGGUGUUGUCAGAGGAUUUAGCCACUCAGCAGCAAUCGACAAGCGCAAAUAUCGGUUACACAGCCAACGAGCCCCAGUACGAUCAAAGUGCAAACGUUGCGACGGCAAAACCGAAGAAAGAGAAAGCCAAACCGAAAGCAGAACCAAUCAAACUGAAGAUCAAAACCAAUGCGCGGUUGAGGAAUAAUUCCGAAUUGGUGGAACAAAACGAACAGCCGGAACCAUAUCGAGGACGAAGUACGAGACGUACAACACCGCAGCAUACAGCUACGGGAAAUGUGGUAGAAGACAAUGUUCCAGUACCCGGAACGGCUAAUUACGAACUCUACCGAACACUUACCGAAUCACCGACACACAGACCAUUUGAUCCAUCAACACAAUCUCAUUUUGUCGCCGCCGCAGCAAGCAUUUCACCAGAAUAUCAACAAUUUGCCAGUCCACAAUUGAACCAAACCAAUAUUCCCGUUCAUCUAUCGGCCGACGUUGAUGCACAAAACAGCAAUACAGCAAACAGUGACACAGAACGUGGUGUUUUGCCGAAAAAGCGUAGGGGCAAGAAUAAAACCAAGUUCGAAGCAAACACCGAAACCGUUCCAGAAGAACCAGUUCAGAAAAAGCAACGAGGUCGGAGGAAGCAUGACGAGCCAGCAUCCAAGGUGACCGAAACCGUGCCAUCGAACGAGUUUGCCAACAUCCAAACGGAACAAACACCAGUUAAAGAAGUCACCGAAAACUAUCCCAAAAAGCGAAUAACCGCCGCCGCAAAAAAGCAAUACAAAGACGAAAAUAUUUUCGUGCCUGAACAUUCGAAUCCAUUGCCAGCAGAACACAUCGAAGAAAAUCAACCGAACGAAGAAACUAACAGUGAACCACGGGGUAAUCGUCGUGGAAGAAAAGCCAAAGCAAAAGCAAAUCAAAGUCCUGCAAAUACUGACCAAAUGUCGCAACCACAGGUUUCACAGCGACCAACUCGUUCAACGAGGCACACCGCAAACGGAAAUAUGACGAAGGAAAAGGACCAAAUCUCAGAGCCAGCUCCAGUGGCGCCAACGAGGAGCUAUGGACGAAAACGUAAAUUGGCUGCAGAAGAAAUACCAGCAGAUCCAACACCGCCACAACCAAUCGCACAGCUAUCAUCCGACACCCUAACACUACCGUUACCUCAAUCUGACACACAAAGUGAAUUGAAUGCAAUCAGUUUGAAACUGCCGUUUGACGAUACUCCGACCGCUGAGUCGUACGAUGAGCAGAAGAAAGGGCGCGGAAAUCGAACGAAGCGUCAAAAUCAAAAUCAAUUUAAUGGCAGCCAUGACCAGCAAAAGGCAUCAAACAAUAACGAUACGUCGACAUCGUUUGAAUUCGAUCAACCGGAGGAGAAGCCAGAGGAAAUCUUCGAAAAGCCCAGUGUAAAGUUGGUAUUGAAGAAGAAAGGCAGCAUUUUCAAGAGUCGUGCAAUCGAUACCGAUUCAGGAGACAGCAUCAAACAGAAACGACAUGUAUACAAGCACAAAUGGGACGAUGAUUCCGAGGAGAAGGGAUCGCCACAUGAUGCAAAGAGUAAUCCACCGCUGAACACAUUCGAAGACGAUUUCGACAUAGACGACGAUGUCGAUUCACCGUCCACGGGUGCAUUGAGUGGUUCUAACUCGACGACAUUGUCAAAGUUCACACGAACAGCGCGUUCAAAUGUACCUGAUGACGAUCUGCGCAUUCGAAAUGUGAAGAAGGCGCAUCAAAUGCAGGAAAUUGGUGAAUUCCAAGAGAUGGACGAUGAUGUCGAAUACAUUCUCGAAUCGUUGAAAUCCCAAAAUCCAAUUGCUACCCGAAGUUUGGCGGCAAUUCAAUUGGCUUUCAAGUGUAUGACGCCUGCGUUCCGUAUGCAUGUCCGAGCACAUGGCACAGCAACGAAUUUCUUCGGUGCUCUGCAUGAUGCAACACAAAACCAAAGUCUUGGUCUCUGUACCGCCGCAAUUAUGUUCGUGUUGAUUCAAGACAAUCUCAACAUGGAUUUGGACAAGCAUUCACUGGAAUUAAUGUUGAAUCUAUUGGAUUCGGACAUAAGUCGCAAGAAUAAUUACAAAGAAACCGGUCUUACCGACGAACAAUCGCAGCGCAACGAACAAAAAGUCAUUGAAAUUUGCCGUGAAAUCAAAAGCCAGGGUAAAGCUGAACACUUGAAUCUGGACAACAUUUCGAUCGGCACACUGGCCAUGGAAACACUACUUACGCUGACAUCGAAGCGGGCAGGCGAAUGGUUUAAGGAUGAAAUGCGAAAGCUUGGUGGCCUUGAACAUAUCAUCAACACGAUAUGUGAAUGUUGCAAGCAGAUCUCGGAUUAUGUGAUCGAAUGGACUGAAACAUUGUUGGAGAAAUUGCGGAAAAUCGAACGUUGCUUACGGGUAUUGGAAAAUGUGUCGGAACGCAAUGAAGAGAAUCAAAAGUAUAUUCUUCACUACAAGAACGGCGAAGUGAUUGAAACAUUGGUCAAAUUCUAUAAAUUGUGCGACAGUGAAAUUUCGCUAUAUCCAACGAAUGAAGCAUCACCGGCUGGCGAGCAAGGCGUCGUACUGCGAGAAGCUCUUGUGCCUACGCUAAAAGUCCUUAUCAAUUUAACGCAUACAUUCAACAAUAAGCCUUUGGGUUCGGUUCUAUUCGGUGAAAAACCCAUUAUUUUCGAUACCUGUUUACAUCUACUGUUCCAAGCACCUCAAUACAUACCAGAAAAAUGCGUUUUCGAACUGAGUCUUUUAGUAUUAUUGUUGCUCAUUAACUUAGUUACGUACUCGGAAGAAAAUCGCAAAAUCAUCAUGGAAACCAAUGCUCCGUCUGACUUCGGAAAUCAGUACAAUAAAGUUCCAGCAAUCCGAGCGAUCAUCGAAUACUUUUACAAAUACGAAGAAAUGGCAAGACUUGUUGAACAGAACACAGACGACAUUUUGAACAAUCCGGAAAAACGUGACAAAAAUAAACACAAAUCUCAGGAAGAUGUGGAAGAAACGGUUUCAAAGCUGUUGCAAAAGGCUGGCAAUCACAUGGAACACACAUUUUUGGCGAGUUACGUUUGCUUAUUGAUUGGAAACUUGAUAAUGGAGUGCAAGCAGCAUGAGAUGGAAGUGCGCAAAAUUCUACGCAAUCACAGUUUCGUUGACAUGGUUCAAGUGCUGGAAAAGUAUUACAAUUUCAUGAAUUUGACAGCCAGUUCGGAAGCAAUCCAUGUUAAUCACAUGAAAGAGACCAAGCGAAUCAUUCAAUUUAUGAAAGAUUGUGACACACAUCCGAACGAUGAGACAACCGCCGUAGAGCAAGUACCAAGUCCAGCGUCACAACCAUCGCAUCAGCAUUCGCAUCAUUCAGUUGCCGCACCAAACACAUACUCAAGCACAUCAAGUGAAAAUCGUUGGGCCAGUAACAGCAAUACGAACACUAGUAACUCUAGCAACAGCUUGUUCAAUACACUUUACUUUUCAGGUAGAUAAUUAAGAAACCAAAAAUUGUAAAAUGAUAGGACAAAAUCCAGCUAAACGCUUAGUGGUUAAGUUUAAUGAUGAUUUUCAUUUUACCGAAACGUGGAAAUUAGUUGAACAUAUGAAACAAUUUGAAUUAGAUCAAUCUAAAGACUAAUCGGAAUUAGUUAUUAGACAAUUUUAUACACAAUGUACAAAAAGUGGCGACGAUCAUUGUUUGCAAUUCAAAAAAUGAAGUCCAUUGUUUGCUUGAUCUAAGGUGACAAAAAAUAAACACUGUUUGUGUAUUUUAGUUAUUUGGAGUAGAGAAAGAGGUAGAGUAAAGAGAAGGGAAGCCCCCGUACAAAAUCGGAGGAAUGUUGAAAUUUCUUCUUUGUCACAGUAAUAAUUGUUGCUUUUCUGUGUCUCAUUUGGACUCGUUACAACAUUGAUUGUGUUUCUGUCAUUUUAAAUAUUAAUAAUCGUAUCAUCUUUUUUGUUUUUCCCUUCAUUAUUAUACCAACAACUUGAUUGACUUGUUUAUACCAAGAUUUAAAACGAAACAAAAAAACCAUGUGGAAUUGACACACAAAAAAACAAA